GCUCCGCUCGGCGCCGCCUUUUGUGACCUGGUCGUCCGACCCCCGUCGCCAGUCUGGAGAGGCGAAGAGGACGAGGGGGCCGCGGCUUCCUCCGGGUGAGACAUUGGCUCUCUGGAUUAUCAAGAGUUUGUAGUUGACAUUGAAGCCAGGCUGAGGAUGGAUGGUGUAGAACUUAAGGAAGAAUGGCAAGAUGAAGAUUUUCCUAUACCUUUACCAGAAGAUGAUAGUAUUGAUGCAGAUAUACUACCUGUAACAGGACCGGAGAACGAACCUGACUCUGUGGAAGUUAAUGGAAAUAAAGUAAGAAAGAAACUAACGGCCCCAGACAUUAGCCUGACGCUUGAUCCUAGUGAUGACUCUGUGUUGUCAGAUGAUUUGGAUGAAAGUGUAGAGAUUGACUUGGAUGGCUUAGAUACACCAUCCGAGGACAGCAAUGAGUUUGAAUGGGAAGAUGAUCUUCCAAAACUGAAAACUACUGAAAUAAUUAGGAAAGACUCGAUUACUGAGUACACAGAAGCCGAGGAAAAAGAAGAUGGACGGCGCUGGCGUUUGUUCAGAAUUGGAGAACAGGACCACAGGGUUGACAUGAAAGCCAUUGAACCCUAUAAAAAAGUUAUCAGCCAUGGAGGAUAUUAUGGUGAUGGAUUAAAUGCAAUUGUUGUAUUUGCUGUCUGUUUUAUGCCUGAAAGUAGUCAACCUAACUAUAGAUACCUGAUGGACAAUCUCUUUAAAUAUGUUAUAGGCACUUUGGAGCUGUUAGUAGCAGAAAAUUACAUGAUUGUAUACUUAAAUGGUGCAACAACUCGAAGAAAAAUGCCCAGUCUGGGAUGGCUCAGGAAAUGCUAUCAGCAAAUUGAUAGAAGGUUACGGAAAAACCUAAAAUCUGUCAUUAUUGUGCAUCCUUCUUGGUUUAUCAGAACACUUCUGGCUGUUGCAAGACCAUUUAUUAGCUCAAAAUUCAGCCAAAAAAUUAGAUACGUCUUUAAUCUGGCAGAACUAGCAGAACUUGUCCCCAUGGAAUAUGUCGGCAUACCAGAAUGCAUAAAACAAGUUGAUCAGGAGCUUAACGGAAGACAAGAUGAACCAAAAAGUGAACAUUAAGUUUGGCAUUCAGUUCCAAACAAGACUGAAGAAGAUACUCAUGAAGCAAUGCUUUGUUUGUUUUUGGCAUUUAUAAUGCAUUUAUUGACCUUUAUUUUUAUGUAACCUAUUAAAGUUGACUUGACUUUUUGUUCCUGGACUUUGUACAAGAGACUGUUCACUGCUGUAUUAGUUUGCAAAUUUAUUCAAUCUAGCUCUUUAAUAGCUAAUUAUACUGUACUCAUUUUGUAUUUUAUAUUGCAAUAUCAGAACCACACAUGAUACAAAGCAGUUCUUGCAUUUUAUUGAAUGAUACAUCUUC